AUGAGUUUUCGCUCGUGGGAUCUGUACGAAUAUCCUCUGUUACAGAAUACGACAAAGCAUUCAUGGGCCGUCAAAACGGCGACUCAGCUUGAGAAGCCGCGAUACGUUAUCUUUGCUCUGCAGACCGGUCGAAAGAAUGUCAUGUCACAAAAUGGUAGCGUGUUCGACGAUUGUAAUUUGAGUAACGUGAAACUUUAUUUAAAUUCAACGUUUUAUCCGUACGACGAUUUAAAUCUGGAUUUUGACAAAAAGAGAUACGCCGUCUUGUUUGAUAUGUACGCCCGUUUUCGUAGAGCAUAUUAUGGAAUCGAUUGUUUUGAAACGCUAGUCAACGUGCUCUCAUUUACCGAGGAAGGACCUUUUGUAGUCAUUGAUUGCUCGCGACUAAACGAAUCCGUCAAGAGUGCUACUGUGGACGUACGCAUAGAAUUUGAUUGCAAGGAGAAUGUGCCUGCAAAUAUUAUAGCCUAUUAUCUCAUCAUACACGAUCGCGUGGUUCAGUACAAUCCGUUGACCAACGUUGUGCGCAAAAUCACCUAA